UGGGGGUGAGGAGAGUCCCCACUACAGGAUGCAAAGCAUUAUUUCCUAAAGGAUUUUUUUAUUAUUUUUCUUAAUUAGUGUUAUUUUGUUUUAAGCAUUUAUUCUACCUCUUUGUUAACUGCAUUGGAAUUUUGCAGUCAGGCAUAUAAGCUUCAGUGUUAAGCCCUGCUAAAAUUGUAACGAGAGGGUCAGGUAUUUCAUACUUGGCUUUAAAAAACCCACUUAAAAAGAAGUGUGUAAGUGGGCACAGAGGAAAUCACCCUGGAAUUUCUUCAGAGGUCAGGGAGAGGGCCAUUGAGCACCUUGGUGCUUUACAGCGAAGCAAGAGAGUGACUGAGACGGGAAAAUAUGUUUGUCACUUGGCUGUUACAGACACAAUUCCACUUGUGCACACUUGUUUGGUCCUGAUGAUGACUGAAGUCAAGCAAGUAAUUUUCUCUCAGUGGCAUUGAAAAUAAUGUUCAAGACAAUGUUUCACUUACUCACUGCUCUUGCGGUUCUCAAAAUCACUUUUGUCAAUGUCUCAGCUCAGCAGCAAUGGAAUUGUCCCAGUGGACCUCAAAUGCAGCAUGAAAAUUCCACUUGUACAGAUCUUACACCAUUCCUAGUUUUCAGCCAAGGAAACACAAUCUUUAGAAUAGACCUGGAAGGAACCAAUCACAAGAGAGUGGUGACCCAUGCUGGCUCAUCAGCACUGAUAGAUUUUCAUUAUGAAGAAGGACAAGUUUAUUGGAUGGAUGCUCAAGAAGGUCUUCUACAACGAGCGCACCUGGAUGGUUCAAAUCAGCAGGCCAUUUGCUAUGCUGGAAAAGAUAUUUCUGGAUUUGCUGUGGAUUGGAUAAAUCGAGGCAUUUAUUUGGCUCACUACCAGAAGACCACCAUUGAGGCAAUCAUCUUGGAUGGAAACCAUUCCCGAAUCCUUUUCAAAGAUGAACACCAUCCCACAAGCAUUGCAGUUGAUCCAGGCAAAAGGUUUUUAUUUUGGGCUUCCAAUGGGGAUGCUGGCAGAAUCUACAGGGCGGACUUGAAUGGAAAAGAAGCAUGGGAUGUUUUGAGGAGCACAGGAAAGAUCAAAACUAUUGCUCUGGAUUUUAUUGACAAGAGGAUCUUCUGGAUCCAGUAUGGUGAUGAUGGUACUUCCCACAUUGGAACCUGUGAUUAUGAUGGUGGUUCUGUCCAUUUAAUCAAACAGGCUGUGCGAAACCAACUCUAUGACAUGUGUCUCUUUGAGGAUGAUAUGUACUAUUCAGAAUCAACUGGUACUAUCUGGAGAGCCAAUAAAUACACAGGAAAAGAUAGAGUUGCAAUUAACCUGCAGCCAUCGUUCCCUUCACCUACUGAGGUUUUGAUAGUGCAUCCAUUAAAACAGCCCAAUUUUAGAACAGACGCUAAAGCAUUUGAAGUAAGACCUUGUCGUACAAACAGAAAAAGCUGCAAGACGAGACUCUGCGAGCACAGCUCCCAGACCAAUCAGUGCAAAUGUAGUAGAGGAUUUACCUUAAGUAAAAACAGACAACACUGUGAAGAUGUCAACGAAUGUGCACUGUGGAACCAUGGGUGUACUUUGGGCUGCAUCAAUAUCCCAGGCUCUUACUAUUGUACAUGUCCAAGAAAUUUUGUUCUACUACCUGACAAGAAAACUUGCCAUGAGCUAAUUUCCUGUCCAAGCAAUUACCUUCAGUGCAGCCAUGACUGUGCCGAGACACCGGGUGGACCUGUCUGCAUUUGUCCAGAAGGAUCAUUCCUUCAUCAAGAUGGAAAAACAUGCAUGGGACCCAAGCCAUUUCUAUUGUUUGCAAGCAGCCGAGACAUUCGGUGCAUUAAUUUUGAUGGAACUGACUACUCAAGUUUACUUGGUUGGCAGAUGGGAGAAGUCUUAGCUCUAGACUAUGACCCAGUUGAAAAUAAGAUUUAUUUUGCCCACACAACGUUGAAGCGGAUAGAACGAAUUAAUCUUGAUGGCUCAGACUGUGAAAAAGUUGUCCAUGAUGCAACAGAGAGACCCGAGGGGCUUGCUGUGGACUGGAUUAACCGUAAAUUGUAUUGGACUGACAAGGGGAGGUCCCACAUUGAAAUGAGUGAUCUAAAUGGAAUGCAGAGGAAAAUAAUAAUUCAAGAGGGUGUGUUUCAGCCUCAAGGGAUUGCUGUUCAUCCAUUUGCUGAGAGACUCUUUUGGACAGAAAGUGGGCUCCGUCCUCAGAUUGAAAGUUCUUCCUUGGAUGGCACCAGUCGUCUCAUUAUAGCUGAUUCAGGUUUAAUUUGGCCCAGUGGAAUCACAAUUGACUACCUAGCUGACAAAUUGUACUGGUGUGAUGCAAAACAGUCUGUUAUUGAAACUGCAAACUUGGAUGGAUCUAAACGGCAAAUACUCACACGGAAUGAUGUAGGACACCCAUUUGAUAUAACAGUAUUUAAGGAUGACAUUUGGUUCUCUGACUGGGCUAAGCAUUCAUUAAUGAGAAUGAACAAGAAGACUGGACAAAAUAAGGUACGCCUCGGAGGCAACAUUCUGAGGCCAACUUCACUGGUGAUCAUCCAUCCCUUAGCAAAACCAGGCCAUAUCUUCAUGGCUGAGAAGAGGCUGUCAGUGAACAAGACAUCAGCACUGGAUGUUCCAUACCAGCAUCUUUUAAGGAACAAUGUGUAUGGAGACAGAAAUGGAAAGAAUCUACAGACCCUGACUGCAGAAAUUUUGGUAUAUGGUCAGGAUGACUGUACAGCAUUGCAUUGUGAUGUCAAUGCUAAGUGCAUUUCAAAUGAAGAUGGCACCACUUGUCUGUGUCGGACAGGGUUCACCAAGGAAGACACAUUGUGCUAUGACAUUGAUGAGUGUGCUUUUAACCUGGAUCUCUGCAAUCAAAGCCUGUCAAGGUGUGUCAAUACUGAAGGCAGCUACAUUUGCAGGUGCCUUGUGGGGUAUACUGAAGAUGGGCUUCAUUGUUCUGAGCCUGUCAUACCAAGUACUGUGGCAACCAGUGCGGAGUCCACUGACCAAGAUGACAUGGUUGGCUGCCCGCCUUCAUACUGUCUCCAUGAAGGAGUUUGUGUUUAUUUUUCCAGUCUCCAAGCUUAUGCAUGCAACUGUGCACAAGGCUAUUUGGGAGAGCGCUGUCAGUUCAGCGACUUGGAGUGGUGGGAACAGCAACAUGUGAAACAAACCAAGAAGCGGAAUUUCACAACUGCCAUUUCCUUGGCUCUGUUAUUCCUGGUUCUCCUUUUGGGAGUUGGAUCUGCCUACUGCUACAGUAGACAGCAGAGAUUUGGCAAGAAGGAUCCCUGUGCUGAAAUAAUGAAAGAUGCUACAGGCGGCAACAGUGACAGUGAGAACAUGAAGCCCACAAGCGACGAUCCAUUGUUGAUAGCUGUAACGGAAUGUGAUGACCACAUCAAAGAGAGACCAAUGGAACUGAAAGACCACGAGGCAGAAGGUCUUGGCUAUUUCUGCCUCUCAGAACAAUCCUGAGCUACAGAAACCCGGACUCACUGUUGCCAGCCAAGGAAACAAUUGAACAGGCCUCUGUCACAUCAGGCUCAGAUAGGUGGGAGAUCCAGUCUUGUACAUCAAAGGGUGACUUUCAGCAGCUUCAGUGGCACGCCUGCCCUAUAAGCCCCUUUUGGAAAGCAGCUUUCUCUAUCUCCAGUCUCAUGUAGUCAGCAAACACAAGCAUUUCAGAGAGCCUUUCAGCUAAACUGAAUACUGUGAGGGUUCAUUAAGUAGGGGAAAUGUGUAAUCUCUGGAAACAGCAUGUAAAAGAACAUGGAAGAAGCACCCAGGCAAAUGCUACGCUGCUCACUCGUACUGUGCAUGCUGGAAGCACUGGAAAUAUUUUUGAUAUGAUCUCCCUGUGUUAAUACAUUCUUGAUAUUACUUCAAAGGCCAGCCAUGCUCACUUCAGCCAGCAGGUAAAUGGACACCAGAAAAAGAACUUCCGCUCUGGAGUUUGUGAAUCAUUUGAAUUAUCAUCUGAAUUAUGUUGCGGUAACAAAUAUAUCGUGCAGUUAUAGUAUGGGAAAAAAUAUGGCAGAACUAUACUCUCAGUACUGGGGAACUAUAGUUGUGGGCUAUCUAAAAUCUGGUGUGAAAGGAUUCAAAUAAAACAGCAUACUAUCCCAGAAUCUGAUGCAAACUGGAAAUCAAUCUGAACUCAUCAAGAAGUGAAUACAAGAGUUUCUUCAGUGGCAAUUCAAUGUGUAUUAACCCAGUCCUUUAGUGCUGUUGCAAAGUGGUUUUCUGUAAUGGGUUUGUUCUUACCAUUGGCUGCUGUGAGUUUGACAACUUCAGCGAUAAAAUUUCCUACUUUAAUAAUUGCUGGGAACAGGAGUUUUUGUCUAAUUCUUCAUUUAACAAAGCAGGAGACUUUCAGUGAAGGACUCAUCUUGCAAUGAAAAUAACAUAGUGGCUUAAAAAACAACAAAGAUAGUCUAUUUGGAGACCAGUGCUUAGAAGCUCAUAAGCAGUUCCCCAGUAGUUUAGAGUCUUAUCCUUCAUCAGUGAGGGACUUCUUGCGUUCUUGUCUGUGUCUUGGUUGUAUCUGAGAUAUGACUUCCGAAGACAUUCUCAUUGAUGUUCAAACAUAUAUACCAUUUAGCUUCUUUAAUAACAUUUUUUUAAAAUUGGCACUGUUAUUUACUAAUUGUUGGGAUCAAAAGUUUUUGUAAAUAAAUGUUAUGGAAACUAAUUAAAUAUCUCUUCCAAUUUUACAAACCUUGUCCAU